AUGGAGCACGUAAUUUCCAUGGAGGAGUUUCAUUCAAGAAAAGUUGAAAGAAGAGAAACUGGUGAAGCAAGCAGAGGCCAUGAUCAACCUGUCAGUGUUGAUGUUGCCAAAUGGGAGCGGAGAAUUACAAUCCAAGAGAAUGAGAUAUAUAGUACCAGUUUCGAGAAAGAGAACUUUAAGAAAUUAAAGGAGGCGCAAGUCAAAGGGAAGAAUCGAUGGACUACAAAACCAAAGAUACAAAAGGUACUAUUGUUGCGAGGUCACAAACAUUUCAAAAAGUACUGUGAGCCGAGGGUGGUAUCAAUUGGUCCUAUCCAUCAUGGUAAGCCAAAGUAUCGAUUAGCAGAGGAAUACAAGCUUACAUUGGCAGGAAACUUCAUCGAAAAAAGUGGCAAGGCUGGUAAAGAAUUGUAUAUGGUGAUUAAGAACAACAUCGAACAACUGAGGGAAUGCUUUGAUGAGGAGGUGAUUCACAAUUAUAAUGAUGAAGCUCUUGCAUGGAUGUUGUUUGUGGAUGGUUGUGCAACACUGAAAUUCAUAGACUCUGUUGUUGAGAAGAAGGUCAAAGAGUUCCAAAUUAAGAAUGGUCAGGUGGCCUUUGUGCAACAGGAUUUAUUCUUGUUGGAGAAUCAACUUCCUUAUCGAAUUCUCGAUGAUUUAAUCAAAAAUAGUAAUGAGGGUGAAAAUUUGAGGAAGUCGGUCCAAAGUUUCAUCAAUAUGCAAAGUAUGAGAGCAGAAACAGAGGAAACGCCACCCAAAAAUAAUAAAGAGGGUGAAAAAACAGAGGAAACGCCACCCAAUAAAGAAUCAGUUCAUCUUCUGGAUCUACUGCGGAACAGACUUCUAGGCUACACUUCCACAAGUCUUGAAAAUAACUCUAACCAGGAAGAUUGGAAUUCAUUUCGCAACGUGCAGGAGCUUAGAGCAGUAGGAAUUCAUUUGAAGUCCAGCAACGAUAGCUGCUUACGAAACAUAACCUUCAUCAAGAAAUGGAAUUUCUAUGGCGGAACCCUUAGUCUGCCUCCAAUAAUAGUGGAUGACUCAACCGGACCCAAGUUCUUCAACUUGAUAGCUUACGAGAUGUGCCCAGAUUUUGAAAAUGACUACGGGGUCACCUCUUACAUAUCCUUCCUCGAUUCACUCAUAGACGAAGCCAAAGAUGUUAUAGACCUCAGGAAAGAGGGCAUACUCCGCAACUUACUUGGCAGCGAUGAAGAAGUGGCUCUAGUCUUCAAUGAGAUAGGCACUGACCUGGUUCCCAACCCUGAAAUAUAUAGAGACGUCAGGUCCAAAAUCCAGAAGUACCAUGAGAAGAAGAGGAUGACCUAUAUAAAUGAAGUCAUUCACAACCAUUUCAGCAGCCCGUGGACAGUAGUGGCUUUCACUGCCGCAUUAUUCGCACUUAUUCUCAGUAUCGCACAGACGGUGUACUCUAUCUUGGCAUAUUAUCAAUGACACCCAGAGGUAUUGAAAAUUUGUUUGCUUUAUUCCCUUUUCAACCGCAUC